AUGUUUCUGCUCUGCGCACUCGCUGCCUCUGAAGAGUACACUGGAACACAAUCAAAAUAUCUUGACAUUUAUGCUACUCAAGAUAUCCUUAUUCAGGAUUGCCAAUUUACUGGUCUUGGUGGAUGGGCAGUUUAUCAUCCUGCCGUAAGAAUUCAGCAAGGCACACCAGCAUUUUCUACAACAAUCACAGAAACUACUUUCACAAAUUGCCAAGCCACAUGGGCUGGUGGUUUCAGCUUCGAAGCUUCUACCAAUUUCAAGGUCAUGAAAACUGUCGUUGAUAGCUGCAAGUCAGGAAGUUCUUAUGACUAUGGUUGCAUUGCACAUAUUAAACCAACAUCAGAUAUAGUAUACACUCUAACCUUGAACUCAUUUAUCAAUUGCCCUGGCGGUUCUAAGCCUUUAGAUUGCUUUGGAUAUGGAAAAUUGUCUAAUCUCAACUUUACUAAUGACUGGGCUAGCGCAGGCAUCAAAGGUGCUGCAAAUGGCGUCUUAGCUUAUGAUACUGCCACGAAGAUUGAUACAUCAUACACUAACUUUUAUAAGUGCUAUUCCACAUGUGGUAUACUCUAUGCCUACUAUAUUACAGAUACUUGCACUAUCAGUAACUCCAACUUUAUUGAAAACACAGUUGCAAAGUGGUAUUUGGUUGGAACUGAAGGAUCAAAGAAGUCAUUAAAGGUCGACUCAUGCAUAUUCAAAGAUAACAUUUACGGUGGACACGAAAUCUUCGGUGUUUAUUCCGGUGUCCAAAUGAUUGUCGUUAACUGCAAGCUUGAUUCUACAACAAUGGCUGGAACUAUUUCUCAGGAUGGCAACACAGUCACUUCAGCUACAGAAAUCCCUAUUGUUUUCUACGCUACAGGUGUUGUUGAAGCCAAGAUCCCAUACGGCCAGCCAAGCAAUGGCCAGGCAUCUAGCCCAGGCACAGGCCCAACAGCCGCUGUUCCAGUCAUCCCAGGCGAUCUCCCAACAGAAGAUCCAGAUGGAACUGCUUCAAAGGGUAACGAAGACACAGGCGAUAUCCCAGUUGAAACAGAAGACGCAUCCAACACAAACAGCAGCCAUGUCGCCAACGCUGACUCUGGAAAGGGCGGAAAGUCCACUGGCAAGUCAACACCAAUGUGGUUAUUAGCUGUAAUCGCUGGAGCUGUCGUUGUCGCCGCUCUCAUCGUUGGCUUCGUCGCAUCAAAGUUCUACGAGAAGAGACUUGACGAGUCUGACUCACAGUACUCCAACCAGGAAUCAGAAGACACAGAGCACAUCGAGAUCCCUCCUCAGCAGCCGGAAGAACAGCAUGAUGAGGAACCAGUCGAUCCCGAUUUGAACCAACCAGACCUCACAUCAAUGGAACUCACACCAGACUUAACUUCUAGAGAACUUAAUGGGGCUCCAGAGAACGAUAACGAAGAAAAUGAUGAUGAGUAA